UUACCAUGGUUGUGCUGGACAGGAUGAUAUAUGCCAUUGGAGGGGACAUUGAUCCAGAAACUAACCUGGAUAGUGUGGAGCGCUACUGUCCAAACACAGAUACCUGGAGCUUUUCGCGACCCUUGGAUAUGACAUUGAGCUGCCAUGCUGCCACAAUGUUGGAUGGAAAGAUUUUCAUCUCAGGGGGUUUGGACUGCAGGCACCAGUGUCGAGUAUCCAUGUUUCUGUACCACCCUGAGAGAGGAACCACCUACCUGGCCGAGAUGAGCCAACCUCGAGCCCGUCACUGCAUGGAGACUUUAAACGGCAAUCUUUACGUGGCAGGAGGUGUCACUGUUGAUGAAAACAUGACGUCUAUCGACCAGCUGGCCUGUGAGGUCUAUGACUCGGUUAGUGACCUUUGGAGUGCUCUCACACCCCUGGCCGUCCCCCAUGUUGGAGCAGCCUCUGUGGUUCUGGAGGGGAUGCUCUAUGUGCUGGGAGGAUACUGCCAAGAGGACUACAGGGAGACCAGACUGGUUCAUCGUUAUGAUCCCACCAUCCAAUUUUGGGAGAAUAUGGGCGAGAUGCCAGGACCCAACGCUGAUAUACGAGCCUGUUUGCUGCAUCUACCCAACCACUUAAGACAAUGACACAUCACUAUAAAUCCCAUAAGACUACACUACAUUUGUCAGGGAACAGAAAUGGAACCGGGAAUGAAAGUGAAUCAUAGUGUUCUGGAACAGAACCGUUAUUUUAAACGCAUGGGGCUGGAUAUUAACGUUUUUUAUGUUUCGGGUAUUUUUUUCAAGUCCCACAAAAAUACGCAACAAAGCAUAUUUUGAAUCCUUGUGCCGCUGUGAACACAGAAGCUUGUUAGCUAGUGUAUGAAUUUUACGAAUAAUUACUAAAUGAUGUAUACAUUUA